ACCUCUCUCCCAUUCCCCUGAACAACUUUCUGUGAUCUCUGAGAUCAGAAACCAGAGAGAUAACGAGAGAGAGAAAACUGAAAAUAAAAAUAAAGAGAUGUGGCGCUGUGUUUCAAGAGGAUUAGGUUUUGCAUCUUCUUCAUCAAAGAGAUCUAUCACAAAUGAAGCUCUUAAACCCUUAGUUUCAAGAUUCCUCUCAACUGAAUCAACAGGAGGAUAUACGAUUGUUGAUCAUACGUACGAUGCGGUUGUGGUUGGAGCUGGUGGUGCAGGACUUAGAGCAGCCAUUGGGCUUUCCGAGCAUGGAUUUAAUACUGCUUGUAUUACCAAGCUUUUCCCUACACGUUCUCACACAGUCGCUGCACAGGGUGGUAUAAAUGCAGCGCUAGGGAAUAUGUCUGAAGAUGAUUGGAGGUGGCACAUGUAUGAUACAGUUAAAGGAAGUGAUUGGUUAGGUGAUCAGGAUGCUAUUCAGUACAUGUGCAGGGAGGCACCAAAAGCAGUCAUAGAGCUAGAAAAUUAUGGAUUACCAUUUUCUCGAACUGAAGAAGGAAAAAUUUAUCAGCGCGCUUUUGGUGGUCAAAGUCUGGACUUCGGGAAAGGUGGUCAGGCCUACCGUUGUGCAUGUGCCGCUGAUCGGACUGGCCAUGCUUUGCUGCACACUCUGUACGGUCAAGCAAUGAAGCACAACACACAGUUCUUUGUGGAAUACUUUGCGUUGGAUCUUAUAAUGGACAGUAGUGGUGCUUGCCAAGGAAUAAUUGCACUAAAUAUGGAGGAUGGGACUCUGCAUCGGUUCCGAGCUGCUUCUACCAUUUUGGCCACCGGGGGUUAUGGGAGAGCAUACUUCUCAGCAACUUCAGCUCAUACAUGUACUGGAGAUGGAAAUGCCAUGGUUGCACGUGCUGGGCUACCACUUCAGGAUCUUGAGUUUGUGCAGUUCCACCCCACGGGUAUAUAUGGUGCUGGCUGCCUCAUUACUGAAGGAUCUCGAGGUGAAGGUGGUAUCCUUAGAAAUAGUGAAGGUGAACGCUUUAUGGAGCGAUAUGCCCCAACUGCUAAGGAUCUUGCAUCAAGAGAUGUUGUUUCAAGAUCUAUGACCAUGGAAAUUCGGGACGGCCGUGGUGUAGGACCGCUGAAGGAUCACAUCUAUCUCCACUUGAACCACUUACCCCCCGAAGUUCUGAAGGAAAGACUUCCAGGUAUCUCAGAGACAGCUGCCAUUUUUGCGGGUGUUGACGUCACCAAGGAGCCCAUCCCAGUGUUACCUACUGUUCACUAUAAUAUGGGAGGUAUACCUACAAAUUACCAUGGAGAGGUUGUUACCGUGAAAGGGGACAAUCCAGAUUCAGUAAUUCCUGGACUAAUGGCUGCUGGGGAGGCGGCAUGUGCAUCUGUCCAUGGGGCUAAUCGACUCGGUGCAAACUCUUUACUAGACAUUGUUGUUUUUGGUCGAGCUUGUGCAAAUAGAGUUGCCGAGAUCCAAAAGCCAGGUGCGCCACAAAAACCAUUGGAGAGUGAUGCUGGACAGAAAACCAUUGAAUGGCUGGAUAAACUCAGGAACUCAAAUGGUUCACUGCCGACUUCAAAGAUCCGUCUGAAUAUGCAAAGAGUGAUGCAAAAUAAUGCUGCUGUUUUCCGUACCCAGGAAACUUUAGCAGAAGGUUGCGAGUUAAUUGACCAAACAUGGGACAGCUUUAAAAAUGUUGGGUUGAAGGAUCGAAGUCUGAUAUGGAAUUCUGAUUUGAUUGAAACGAUUGAAUUAGAAAACCUUCUCAUAAAUGCAUGUGUUACCAUGCACUCUGCUGAAGCUAGAAAGGAGAGCAGAGGAGCACAUGCCCGUGAAGAUUUCAGUACAAGGGAUGAUGUGACCUGGAUGAAGCACACUGUGGGGUAUUGGGAGAAUGAGAAGGUCAGGCUUGAUUACAGGCCAGUUCAUAUGAACACAUUAGAUGAUGAAAUGGAUACAAUCCCUCCAAAAGCUCGUGUUUAUUAGAAAGAAUGUGGAUAGGAUCUCGUAUGUGAUCAUCAGCGAAGGGGUCAGAUGGGUUGGAUGAGAAGAGUUCAACCCAAAUAAAUGAAAAUUUGUUGUGAAAUUGUAGGCUUUUUUAAUAGGCGAUGCUUUGUAGCUUACGAUUUUGAUCUAUGAUUAUGAUGUAACGGUGACGAUAAGAAUUGAUAAUGUCCAUCUCAAAAAUAAAUAAUCACCAGUUAGCAGUUGCUACAAUAUAAAUUUGUCUAAGAUCAUUCUUUGAUGCUCUAGUCAUCUUUUAAAGAAAUCAAUGAGAUCACCAACUUGUUACAACUA